AUGCAUCGAAAUUCAGCCAUGCGGUCUGCUUUGAACGGGGUACUUGCCGCGGCGCAGGUCGUCGCUACGUGUUUCAUGGCUUGGAAGGCUCUGACAAUUUGGACCGGUACGCCAUACCCGGUGAUGAUCGUGACUACCGAGUCUAUGGUUCCUGCAUUUGCGCCGGGGGACAUCUUGUUCAUUUCCAAUCAUCAUCGAAAUGUCGCGAUAGGCGACCUGCCUGUAUGCUGGCUCCCUGAUCGCGCGUUUCCAAUGGUACAUAGGGUGGUUCGGGUCGUGUAUGAAGAACAAAGCAACCCGGAUUUGACCCAACUCAUAUUGACAAAGGGAGACAAUAACCUCAUUGACGAUACAUUGAUGUAUCCUGAAGGCCAAGAUUACUUGUCUCGCAGCCAGAUUCUCGGAUUUGUCAGAGGUUACAUACCCUUCAUAGGAUGGUUUGUGAUCGUGCUACAAGACUUUACACACCCUCGCGAGGCCGCUACUAUGUUGUGUCGGGGUAUUGGCUUGAUAUAA